UUCAAUUACAUUUCUAACUAUCCGCUUAUACGUAGGUGUUUAAGUGUUAAAUUACGAAUAAAUUAUUGGAAAAUGCUACUUCUACUAUGUACUCUGCUGCCAGCAAUAUCCCAUCAGUACACAAUAAAAGUUCAAGGAACAGUCGAGAUGGGUGAACAGGUCGCCAGUAUGUUGAAGGCGCUCUAUAACCACCUACCCCCGGACGUCCAAAGCCUCGCUUCGCUCAUCCAGAAUACCGACUUCGUCCGCAACAUGCAAUCUACAGUACAAACAAAACCGUAUUUGGACGAAGUAAUGGAGAGUAAUGCUGUAGGUCACAUCUAUGGGCGCCAUGAUGAAAAGGAGAAAAGGAAUCUGAAGGAAAUCAAUAAUGUACAUAUUUGAUUACCCAGUAAA